AUGCUAGCCGAAUUCUUCGACUUUAUCGUAGUGGGAGGCGGCAUUGCAGGAGUAGUAUGUGCAGAGACACUGUGUGGGUUGAUCGCGCCCCAACUUCUAGGCUUGACGGCUGAUGAGGAUGCAUCGUCCCGGCAGAGACGAGUCUGUCUUAUCUCAGCCUCGCCUACCCUUAAAACCGUCGUCAACGUGCGCCAUGUCACCCGUCUCCUCGAGUCCUUUGACGUGGCUGAGCGUGACUCUGAGGGCUGGUCACACGCUUGGCCCCACAUUCUCACCGUCCUCAUUGAUAAGGUGGCCAAAGUGAAGUACGUCCGACACGCCUCUUUCGUAUUUACUUUUGCUCCUGCCUAA